AUGGAAAGCCCUGCUCUCUAUCUUGUAGACGUGCGAAUAAAAACGUUUAAAAAAUGGCCGUUCACUGAUAAAGACAAGUGUAAUAUACGAAAUAUGGCAGAGGCGGGUUUUUAUUCAGUGGCCACCGGCGAAGAUGACGCUGACGCUGCGAAAUGCUUUCUCUGCGGUAAGGAGUUGGAUGGCUGGGAGGCUCAUGACGAUCCCUGGGAUGAACAUAAAAGUCACGCCGCCAAGUGUGCGUUCGUACAACUUGGUAAAAAGGAAAACGAAUUAUUAUUGUCAGAAAUGCUGUCAGUUAUAAAACAAUACAUGGUAAAUGAAGUGAAACGUGUCGCAGAAGCUAGGAAGGAGAAAAUUGAUGAGAGAGCCAAACUAGUUAGAAGACAGUGUAUGACAAGGAAAUGA